GAAGACGAUGGCCGAUACGCCCAGAGCGGGUCGUUGUUCAAGCCCAUGGACACUAUUUUCGUGAAGGAGGUUCAUGGUCAAGCUGCAAGACAAGCGGGUCUUCGGAACGGCGACAGAAUAGUAGCUGUCAACAACGUCCCAACGGCCAAUCUCUCUUAUCCAGAAGUGGUGCAAAGAAUCUCGAAUAGUCCGCAAUACCUGCACUUGCUGGUUGUUCCCAAAGAAGAAGACGUCCUCCAAAGGCUAUUUCCGGAUACUGCUCAUAACCCCGUCUCCAACCAAGCGCCGCCAGUUCCCGAUCCACAACUGGAUAGGCUGCGAGCCCAGCAGAUUUUGAGUAGGCAUAUCGCUCAGCAACAACAGCAACAACAAAUCAGAGCGGAUCUUGCGUCGUGGAGAUACCUACAGCAAGCCCAUCAUUACCAAUCACCGGCAUCCUAUCCACCGCACUCGAGGGUAGUUAAGGGUGUGCCUGGAAACGAACUUUCCAGACAAGCCCAGCAGCGUAGCGCCGAAAGUGUUUUGGAUCCGUAUGGUCGAGGUUAUACCGCUUCGCAACAACAGGAUAUUUAUUCAGAAAUUCUACGGCCAAAUGAAGUACAACUUCGGCAGAAAUCCAGGGCCGCACCGCAGGUGCCCCUCUAUCGUAAAAUGGGUCGCAGAGCAAGCGAAGGUAGUAAUCUCCUGUCGAGCACCGAAUACAGUGGCGCCACGUCACUAAAUUCGUCCGACGGCGAUUCGGCGCACUACGCUGAGGCAAUGAAGGCUAUGUACAAGCCGCCAUACCUACCUUCGAGCGCAGAAAAUAUGGGAUUGCCAGAACACGCUUAUAGACUCGGUCCAGAAGAUCACAGGAGGGAGAGUACUAGUUCUCUUUCAUCAUCGGUGGCUGACAGUAGUAAAGACAGCGUAACUUCCUUCGGCUCCAACUCAACAGUAACAGGUCAAGAAAUCGACGACACCUUACGAAUAUCCAGAGUGCGCCAAAGCGUCCGACAAAAAGAGGAAUUCUUACGCACUCCGGUACUACGCGAGUUCCACAGUCGUCCCAAAAAGCUCGAUCGACCUGUAUGGCCGCCGAACGAAUACCCAAUCCAACAACUACCGAUUAGGCUAGAUUCACCGGGCCGGACCAAACCCGCGCAUCACAAUCUCAGACGCAUCAGGAAUGACAUCGACAGCGAAAAGGACAUGGGCGGGGUUGCGUACAACGGUGACGUCAGCGGGGGUGUGGCUAGCGUGGCCAAGCCCGCCUCGGAUGCGCAAUCGCCCAAAGGUAGAAGAGAGAGGGACGAUGGUAUUAGGGAGGGCGAGACCGCACCUAAUUUCGAGCCUGAAGAGGGUGGUAAUACGACGAAGGAUGUAGCUGUUGUUGAGGCUAGAAGGAUGAACCCUCCCAGUCUAUAUAACGUGCAAAAGAAGGCCAAGGACUUUGAAAACUACCCCGAAGCGAGCCGAACGAGCAUUCCCCUGAGUGAGCUCGCGCGAUUGAGCAAGAAGGUGCUGCAGCCGAACGUAACCGAACGAGCUCACGAGUACGAGGUGAAAACGACUGCGCCGGAGGCGGCGCCGCGCAAAGAACCGGCCGCUUCUGCGCCUGCGACUUCCGGAUCUCUGUCGACCUUGAAGCGAAUCUAUAGGGAUAGCCGCUCUUUGGACAAUAUACUCACCGGAAAUGAACCCAAUCGCCAAUUUAGAGCAAGAUCAAAUUCGGCAGAAUCAUGGGCCACAGCACUGGGAGACAAAGCUAAUCUUCACGAAAAAGCCAUUGUCGUUAAACGGAGAAAUAAAAAUACUAACAUGGGUGAUGACAGAUCGAGAAGACCCGAUUCUUACCUUAAGGCUACCAAAGGUGAGCAGGCAUCUCUUGGAAGUGAUCUCAGCGAUUUUGAAGAUGUCACUUCCCAAAUGCUCCGGAACCGAUAUAGGAAAUGGCAACCGUCCCCAUUUUGGGGAGACAUUGACCAGCUGCGCAAAAUGUUUGAGGAAUCCGCAUCCUCUAAAGGCGGCAGUGGCAGCGCCAACAGCAGCAGCAGCGUGUCGCUGGAACGAGACAGAGCGUCGGCGGGUUUGAGCCCUCCCCUGUCCUACAAGAAGACGGAACCUAGCGACGUGGUGCGCGAAGGGCUGGUGCAUUGCAAGAUCCUGGAGAUUGACGGCAAGCGAGCCGCGGACCGGUCUUGGAAGCAAGCAGUGAUGGUGCUCAAAGGACCAAAGUUGUUCCUGUACAAAGCCGCUCAUCAUCAGAGCCCAUUGGGUACUUCAGAUGUAUCUCUGGACCAAUCAUUGGCUAGCGGGGUGGACAUGCGCAGCAGUGCCGUACGCGUUGCUGGCGACUACACCAAAAGAAAAAAUGUCUUGCGAGUAUCGGCAGUGAAACCCUGUAGAUCAGAGUUUCUCAUCCAAGCGGAAGGAAGUGAAGACUUUGCUGAUUGGGUGAAGACGCUGCAAGAACAAGCAGCAGUGAGCACCGAAGCAGAGUUGGAUCCCAGUAUUAGUCGUCAGCAGGCUGUACCUCAACAGGUUCCAGCUUCGACGACGUUUCAAGUGCAAGGCAGUCAUUUAUCUCCACAGCCAGCCACGAAGAAUGGCAAAUCUAUUAAUGCUGGUAGAAAUAGAUCACCGACUGGCCAAUCACCAGUCAGCAAAACCAGAAAGCCUUCCUCUCACCAUACUGACAUUGCUGGUGCUACUAGUCCUAAGAGUAAAACUUGGAGAGGUAGAGUCGCUAAACAGCUUAAGAAAUUUAAUCAAGGAGCCAAUUCUCCUAGUUCUCCGACAGCUGUAGAAGGCUCUACGUUUGGUAUACCAAUUCAGGAUUGCAUAUUCUCAAAUAACAAUACCUAUUUACCAAAGUUCAUUGAGGUAUGCACUGAUAUCAUAGACGCGAAAGGCUUGCAAACAAUCGGAAUAUACAGAGUUCCUGGAAACAACGCUUCCAUUACAGCCUUAAGCGACGAAAUAAAUCGCAAUUUUAUUGAUGUUCCUUUGGAGGACCCCCGAUGGAAAGAUUUACACGUAGUCAGUAGUUUAUUGAAAGCCUAUUUAAGAAAGAUGCCGGAUAGUUUAGUAACAUCCGCUCUAUACCCUCAUUUCAUCAAGGCCGAUAAAAUAAAAGAUCCUAAAGUGAGAUUGGAAGAACUAAGGAAACUAGUGCGUAAUCUUCCGAAACAUAACUACCACACGUUGAGACACGUAAUUCGGCAUCUGAAAAGAGUGUCGGAUAAUUCGCAAGUAAAUAAAAUGGAAGCCAAGAACUUGGCUAUUGUAUUUGGACCGACUAUUGUUAGGCCGGAAGAUGAAACCAUGGAAAGUAUGGUUACGAACAUGAAUAGUCAGUGUCAGAUAGUAGAAAGCUUGAUUACUAAUGCGGAUUGGUUCUUCCCAGAAAGUGAAGGAGAAAACGAAGCUCCAAUUGUACCUUUAGCACUACCCGAUCAUUGUGAAGAGUUUGAAACUAAUAGCCAGGCAUUGCUAAAUAACAUUAGCAAAUACGAAGCUUUAAAGGAUCAGAAGGAAAAGAAUGGAGCACUGCUUUCCUCAUUGUUUUCAGCUGCUCAAAGAAAAGUUAUGCGAAAACCAUCUAGGACUCAUCCAAAUGAACCUAACCAGGAGGAACCUACGACGCCCACUAGUCCAAAGGCAUUUGUGCAAUUUUCACUGGCUGCAGAAUCAAAAGAGAACACUGGACACGGAAUGACUGUAAAACCGAACACUAUACCUACGACUGUUAUGGAUAUAGAAAAGAAAGAUCGGAGCAAACCGCCUGUAGAGAAGAAUCCUUGGUUCAAUUACCAACAGGAUAAGGAUGAUUUCUAUAGGAGAGUGGAGAGUUUCAAGCAGGAAACGGAAGCGAUGCUUCAACGGCCCAGGAAAACGGAGAUAUCUGUACCAAAUAUAGAUCCUAAAACAGGUCAUUUGAGUUCCUCUGUGAGCAACGUGAACGCAGGACGUCUAUCGGGAAAACCCCAAGAUUUUCUACUCACCAAGACUCACAGUGCUACCAACGUAUUUACUAGGCCUUCGCCUCCUACCAACCGCAACAGCCUAAACUCGAUGGACUCGAAGAAGUAUUCGGUGCAAUACAACAGUAAUAGUUUAGGAAGCGAUGUGUCUCGAUAUUCGUAUAAUCCGAACAGUAGAUCCCAGAAUGACAGUUAUUCCGUGGAUCCCAGUGGGAAAAUGAGUCUGUAUGGUGACGGAGUAGAUGGAAAAAUAAGCCGGUAUCCAAUGAGAAGGGGUAGUUCUGCGGAGAACAUAAAUUGUAGCACGUUGGAUCUAAAUUCUAACGGAGGAAUGAAGAAAGUCAAGUAUGAAAGUGAGAAUGAUAGUCAAAGAAAAGGAUCAUUAGAUUCCUUAAAUAAACUUCAAGGUGAUGAAGACUUAUCCAGCAUCAUCAAACUAAUAGAUCAAAAACUAAAAGAGGACAAAACGUCCGAGUCGAACCCGCUCCAAGGGACCGACUUGCCAUUCGUAGACGAAUCGCCCGAAAAACAUCCUGUAAAUAGUUCCAGCAAGGGUAAGGAGAACGUUCCGCAACCCAGCGACUUAUAUAAGAAUCCUAGCUUACACAAAAAUCAAUACGCGGCAUCCAAAACAGUGAAACCGUUGACGAAAGCUGGCGAUUCCAUUCUUAAAGAGUUUAAGAAUGAAAAGGAGAAGGAAGUGGAUACGCGUGCUUCCGACGAUGUACCUGAUAACGAGAGACACAUCUCUGUAACUGUAAUAGCCAAUAAGAUUAACACCGGUCAGAAGUUGAAGAGGUCGGAGUCGUUAAACAAACCCGACAAGACGACAGUAUCGACCAUCAAAGUUAAGAGAAGCGAAAGUUUGAACAAGACCGGAGAUAAACUGAAACGUUCGGACAGCCUAACAAAAAACGAAAAGACCGAGAGCAACAUCAACAAACGGCGAGAACUGUUGUCUUCCGGACGCAGACUGAAGGAAUCGACGAAGAACAAGAGGAAGAACGGAAUGCCUGACCGUUCGAUCAAACGGAGACACACAGUGGGAGGCACGAAGGACCCGGACAAAGUGACCUACGUGGAUAACAAGAACCAAGACGAAAACAAUCCCAACGCGGAAAAUAAUAAGGAGAAAGGUAUCCGGACCAGUUCUCCAGAUCUCAGUUCGACGCGCAGGGAGCGAUUCUUGUUCGAGAUCAGCCUCAUAGGACCCGAGAACAUGGUGGUGGCUCUGAGGCAGCACCUGAUCGGAUCGAGGCCUCAGAGCUUCCCCGAGUCGAACGUCUUCAAAAUGCCUCUAGAAUCUCACGUCUAACGUUCGUGCCUUUAAGGAUCACAAUUUCUUGCUCGCAGGUUAGUACAAGACCAAAUCUUAGAUCAUGUACAACGUGGAUACUGCUACGCCAUAAGAUUUCUAAAAUAACUGUGAUGUCAACAUAAAAUUGGACAAUCAUUUGUAGAGCAUACUGAUUGUGCACAUUUAAAUAUGAAAUAUGUGCGAUAAAUCUAAUAACCAAAUAUAUUAUCACAGAUUAGGUAUACUAUAUGUAUACAGAUAAAAAUCUUAUCCCUAAUUCGUGGUACGAAAAUUGUUUUUUAUGACGUAACGAGUAAAAUUUCCUGU